AUGUCGCUGCCACCACCACCGCCGGCGCUUUCCAGCGGCUCCACUGAGCCGAUGACGAUGGCGCCGCCCCUCACCGCGCCGAUGACGACGGCGCCACCCCUCACCGCGUCGAUAACGUCCGCCGCCGGGACAACCGCGCUGGCGGGCCUCGGCUCCACCGCGGCCCCGGCCGCGCCGCCAUCCCCGGUGCCCUCUGCGCCACCGCCGUCCGCCGUCUUCACGCCGGAGCAGGUCACGGCUACCCUGCGGGACCUCGUCACCGCCGUCCAGGGCCUCCACUUGCAGCAGCAGCAGUACGCGCGGCCGGGCCCUACAUGCACCUGCCGACGGCGCCCGCUACCGCCUACGGCCACCCGCCGUGGCCGGCCCAGGGCGUCUCCCCGUUCGGUGCCCCUCUGA